AUGUUCCAGUCUUUCACCGGAAACUCUCGCCGUCCGCGGCAGAUCAAUCUCGGAGGUCGUAAUACGAACCCUUUCGCUGCCUACCCUUCCGGGCGACAUCCUCCUCAGGGCCCGAGCACACAGAAUACCCUUGCCAUCGCACAACAGGAGCGGCUACUGAGGCAGCAGGAGAGAGAGCGUCUGGGAGCAACACGGAAGAUACAGCGGACAUGGCGGGGCUACCGGAGCAGGAAGCUCACUCAUAAUACGUGGCGAACAGAAUGGGAUACUGCUGAGAGGCAAAGGACAGGGUCUUCUCUGCCUUUUGAGGAGAAGACUAGGCAGCCUGACGCUUUCCUGCAGCCAUCUCUAAGAUAUGGAACAGCGGCCGAGUGCCUUUCACAGUUGCGGCUUCUCGUGCAGUUUGUGGAACCAUGGAAUACCAGUGACAUUGUCCGUUUGGUGUACUAUGCCAAUGCCUUUCAGAUGACCCUGCAUCAGGUACCUACGAUAGCGACCGAAGGCGAAUGGACGACUCCACUCUGGCGUCUUGCGAAAACGACACUACGGGUAUUACGCUCAGCCUUGUCUUCUAUCGUGCCUGAUUUUGCGGUUCCUCAUCUUGUCGGGUUGCUGGUCUUCCUCACAAACUUGAUUCCUAAGCAGAUGGCACGGCUAGCCGAAGACUAUUAUUCUGUUAUGGCAAUGAUCACAAGGAACAUAGAAUCGUUAUCCCGACGAUGUCACGUAUCUCAGGAGAGCCUCUCUCAGAGCGUCCUCGCUUUGCUGCGACCCAUCACUUCCGAGACUCUCACUGCUUAUGAGUGGUUUGCCAGGAGUUACCUCACCAUCCCAGACUUGUCGGCGUAUCUUGGAACGCUCCAUCAAUUAGCGGGUAACAUAAAUUAUAAAUUGUUGCUUUCUGCCUUGGGGCCUUUGCAGCCCCGAUUUCGAGAACGACCUCAAAGUCUCACGGAUCUGGACGCACGUCUCUGGCUCCUGGCAUACAUCAUCUACUUUCACCAAUAUGCGAUGGGGACCCAAGCUGGGCAGCAAGCACCGGAACCGGAAUUCGUGAAGAUCGUAUCAGAACUCUUGAAUUCCACAGCCGUGCAUCUCUCGCGGCGACUGGAGGUAGAUGACGCGAUCGACAAUGAUGACACGGAGACACCAUUGCACCCCUUUGUCAAGGAACAAAUUUCUAGCCUUGUCAACCAAAGUAGGAUUACAGGACUUCUGUCGCAUCUCCAGUCAACGCAUCUCUCCCAAGGUGACCUGGCCAACUCUGAGUCGGAUGCGUCUAAGGAGGCAAAGAUUCUGGCAACCUAUGCUCUCACCCUCCUGAGAGUGUUUUCCCGCCGGGGAGACGACAUUCGUAUGUGGCUAUACUUAGGAUCGGCUACAUCUGGGGAUAAAGGGACUGGUCAUCCAGGUUCUCGAAUCCCAGCAAUCAAAUACUUUUGGCAUGCGUCUCGAUCUAGCAGGAUCUUUGACAAGAUCAGCCAAGACUCCACCAAAGUACUUCCCUUAUUGAAACCGGCAGAUGAAGCUAAGGAGUCUGGGCUGUCGAUGACCCAAGCCGAGAGAGACGAGGAAUGGACCAUUAUCCUGCUCUUUCUGGAGCUCUACACCUUUGUUCUGAAAGUGAUGGAUGACGAAGAAUUCUUUUCGAGCCAAUCUUCGUUCACAGCUUCGUCAAACUCGAGAGUUUCGUGGACCAAGGAGAGCGCGCUGCCCUUGAAGGACAUCAAAGACAUGACUGUUUUUCUCAAGAAUCUCGCGUUCACACUCUACUGGAACUCGGCGGACCUGAAUGAACGCGAGGCGCCUCAGACGGCCGGGGGAAUUCAAAGCUACUUCACUGGUGCUGUCUCGUCUUCUGAUGCCAUCACCAGUGUCAAGGACCUUGAGAUGCGGAACAAAGAGAAGGGUCUCCCAGGUGUUACUGGAAUUCCGCUCGACUAUUUCAAGGGUCUUGUAACAGGUCUUUUGAGAAUGAUUCAUGAGCGCGACUCGAGACGCAAGUUCCUUCCUGAUGGACAUUGGUUGAUGACCAACCGCUUCGACAUGGAAGGCUUCAUACCGGCCGUUGUAGCGGAAGAGGAGAAUCGCCAUCAACUCCAAGAUGAGGACGAGGAGGAGGAUCAGAAUGAUUGGAUGAGAGACGACGAAUACGAGCCUCUGGGUCUCGUCGGAACUGGUCGUGCUCAGCAGACUCGCCGUAUCGAGGCACUUAGGCGCCGCCAGCAACAGGCCGCUCGCAGGAAGCAGCUUGAAGCCGUCGCUCCUAGGCUCGAGAUCCUAAGAAACAUGCCUUUCUUUAUUCCUUUUGCGACCCGAGUACAGAUUUUUCGAGAAUUCAUCUACCGGGAUCAGAUGCGCCGAAGACAAGGAUAUAUAGACCCGGAUGCAUGGCGGAUGUCCGUGGCUCAGGCGUCCAUGGGUCGCAUGAUCGAUGGCCGGCCUGCAGCGCAGGAUAUCUUGAGUCGUCAUCAUGCGAAUAUUCGGCGGGAGAGCGUAUUCGAAGACGCAUUCGACCAAUUCUACGAGUUGGGUGAAGGUCUGAAGGAGCCGAUUCAGAUUAGCUUUAUUGACAAGUUCAACACUGUGGAGGCCGGUAUCGACGGCGGGGGUGUAACCAAAGAAUUCCUUACGAGUGUUACCAAUGAGGCUUUCAAGUCAGGAAGCGAGCCAAAGCUAUUCGAGGAAAACGAUCAACACUUGCUCUACCCCAACCCUGCCGCUGUUGAGCAACGACGGGAAGUUCUGCGGCAGCUCGGGUUCGUUGAGAACAGCCCGGAAUGGAAUGAGCAAGUUCGGGAUCUACUUAGACGGUAUGAAUUCCUGGGUCGGAUUAUCGGAAAGUGCCUGUACGAGGGGAUACUGGUCGAUGUGAACUUUGCGCCCUUCUUCCUUCUGAAAUGGGCCUUGACUGGUGGCGCAGGAUCAGCACAGAGGGAAACGGCGUAUCGCGCAAAUCUCAACGACCUGAAGGAUCUUGACCAGGGGUUGUACCAGGGAUUGCUGCAACUAAAAAACUACACCGGGGAUGUGGAAGACUUUGCGUUGAACUUCACUGUCACAGACACCAUACCACUUCCAAACGGAGGCACUCGCACCGUCACUCGGGACCUGAAAAGCAACGGAUCUGACAUUACAGUGACCAACCAGAAUCGCCUCGUUUAUAUCUCUUACAUUGCUCGAUAUCGUCUGCAGGUACAGCCUGCAUUGCAGACAAAUGCAUUCCUGCAAGGCCUUGGGCACAUCAUUCAGCCGUCUUGGUUGUCGAUGUUCAAUCAAUCGGAGUUGCAAACCUUGGUCAGUGGGGAGUCUGGAGACAUAGACGUUUCGGACCUUAGACGCAACACACUGUACGGAGGGGUGUAUACCAUCGGCGACGACAAGGAAGAGCAUCCAACCGUCAAGCUUUUCUGGCAAGUCAUGGAGGAGAUGUCAAAUGAGGAAAGGCAAAACGUGCUACGAUUCGUGACGUCGACGCCUCGAGCACCAUUGCUAGGGUUUAGCCAUCUCAAUCCGCGAUUCAGCAUUCGCGACUCCAGUGACGACCAGGACCGGUUGCCCAGCACUAGCACCUGCGUAAACCUGCUCAAGCUGCCACGGUAUACAAAUGCGAAGGUUCUGCGGGAAAAGCUGCUUUAUGCCAUCAACUCGGGCGCUGGCUUUGACCUCAGCUGA